AUGUCUCCAAAUUUCGAGGCUAUCGCUGAGAGUAAGGCUAAGGGUAUUUUGAGUGCUAUCCCAGACCAUUGGCGGUUAGGUAUCGAGGUUCCACCUGCUGAAGAACAACGCGAUAUCACUGGCAAAUAUGUUCAGCAGUUUUUAACCACGAGCGAGAUUGAGAUCACUGAAACCGAUGCUGUGGGAAUCUUGGAAAAGACCACAACUGGCAAAUGGUCGGCUCGGGAAGUUACAGAAGCGUUCUGCCACCGAGCAGCAAUCGCGCAUCAAAUGACAAACUGUUUGCUUGAUAUCUUCAUCGAUGUUGCAUUAGAACAUGCCGACACGCUUGAUGCAUACUACCUCGAACAUAAUAAACCGAUCGGCCCAUUACACGGAUUACCAGUAAGCUUGAAAGACCAAUUUCACGUCAAAGGCGCUGAAACCACCAUGGGAUACGUUGGAUGGAUAGGCACUUUUGAGGGACAAAAAGGCACUGGUAAAGAGCGACGCUUUGAGAGCCAACUGGUUACAGAUUUGCGGCAACUUGGAGCUGUUUUCUACUGCAAGACAUCUGUGCCGCCAUCAUUGAUGUCCCCGGAGACUCAUAACAAUAUUGUUGGAUAUCUACUGAAUCCCAAAAAUCGUCAUCUAAGCGCCGGCGGUAGCAGCGGUGGCGAAGGUGCACUUCUCAGUCUUCGAGGUAGCCCACUGGGUAUGGGGACCGACAUUGGGGGCUCAAUCCGCAUCCCUGCCAGUUUCAAUGGUGUGUAUGGUCUGCGGUCAUCUGCUGGUCGAUUGCCUUAUGAGGGAACUCCAAAUAGCAUGGAUGGUCAAGAGAGCAUUCUCUCCGUCGUAGGGCCGCUAGGUACAACCCUUCGAUCCUUGACAUUUGUAAUGAAGGCUCUGUUGAGCAAGCAGCCUUGGUUACAUGACCCAAUGGUCAUCGAACUCCCAUGGAGAGUCGAGCACGAGAGUCGACUACAUGCUAUGAUUGGGAAUAUCGGAAUCUCAGAAAAGCUAUCGUUCGGUGUUAUGAGAAGAGACGACGUCGUCUUACCCAGCCCACCUGUCCGAAGAGCUAUUGAGCUUGUAGUGAAAGCAUUAGAAAAUGCUGGUCACGAGGUAAUUGAAUGGCAGCCGCCAUCUCAUUCUAGAGGACUUGAAACUGCGGUAGAGGCCUGGAUGUAUGACGGCGGAGAAGAUAUCCAUAACGCCUUUAGUAUAUCGGGCGAACCUCCCAUUUCACAAAUCUCAAGACGAUAUGGUGCCAAACCUGUGGAGCAGAAAACGGCCACCGAAAUUGCGGCAAACAAUAUCACCAAGCGCAAAUACCGCAAAGAGUACCUUGACUACUGGAACAGCACCGCUAAACUUACGCGCUCUGGACAACCCGUUGAGGCUUUCAUUUCACCAUUGUCUCCCUACGCAGGGACUAAGCCUGAUGAAUAUCGCUAUCUUACAUAUUCGACGAUUAUCAACGUCUUGGAUUACACUUCAGUGGCCUUUCCGGUCACGCAUGCCGAUAGAAACCUCGAUGUUGUAGACGCCGACUACACUCCAGCUAAUCCUGCUGAUCAACAGGUAUUCGAAUCAUACGAUCCUGAAAUACACCACGGAAGUCCUGUGGGACUUCAAGUUGUCGGUAGAAGACUUCAAGAGGAAAAGAUUUUAUCACUGGCACAAAUGAUAUCAGAUUUGCUACUCUAG